AUGAUAGACCACGUCCUCGGACGUCCGUCCACUAAGUUCCGCAAGAUCCAAGUCUUCGCCGUCUUUGUCUUCUGGUCCCUAUACCUGUCCAGGGGAAACAAGCAUGGCCCACCAGCCCUCCGAAACCUCUCCAGCCGGCUCUCCCAGCGCUUGACGGUCUGGCAGACCACCGUCGGCGUGUUCCUGUGGCUCUAUGUCUGCCGCAACUUUGCCAAGGUCAUGGGCCUGGAAUGCCCCGAGCCUUUGGCCAACCUCUACUCCCGUUCGUUCUUUCGCGCGACAUGGAUCACAACCGCGCUGGAUGCCGGAUUUUGGACGGCCAUGAAGAUCAGGCCGGGCUGGCUGCGAGACAUCGCCUCGCUCACAUUCACAGUGUAUUAUCUCUUUGCCGCCGAGCAGGCCGACGAGAAGGUGCGUCGGGUGCGCGCAACCCUGACGGUGGACCACCUGCGGGUUUCAUGGAAUAAGGGCACCACGCCGUACCUCUGGGCCCUGGCCAGCUUGAUGCGGCCGCGGUUGACCAAGUAUCCGCCGCGCGCCAUCCGCAUCCCCCGUCCGCCGCAGUCCGCCUACCGCGAACCCACCCACGCCUGGCUCUAUUUUGACGGUCCGCUGAGUACGCUACGAGACCAGACGUGUGUCAUUCUGGACGUCCCGGGCGGUGGAUUCGUCGCCAUGGACCCCCGCUCCUCCGAAGAUCGGCUGCUGUCAUGGGCCGGCCGCACCAAGGUCCCGAUUCUCAGCCUCGACUACAAGAAGGCCCCCGAAUAUCCCUAUCCCUACGCCCUAAAUGAGUGCUUCGAUGUCUACCAAACCCUGGUCACCACGCGCGGCCGUUGUGCGGGGCUCAGCGGGCAGACACGGCCCCGAAUCGUCAUCACGGGCGACAGUGCCGGGGCAAACCUGGCCGUGGGGACGGCGUUGAUGGUGCUGGAGUCGGGUGGCCCGACAGGCUCCCCGCGGUGGGACGGUGAAAUUCCCCUCCCCCGCCCGGACGGGUUGGUCCUGGCCUACCCUGCGUUGAACGUGCGCGUGGAAAGCUGGAUGACAGAGGAGCAGAUGUCACUCAUCCAGGACAAGAGUGCGCGCCGGACCAAUCGAAAUGUCGUCCAACGGAAGAACAUGGAGUACGAGCGACUGACGCCCUUCACCUCGCCGGGCCCCUCCUCCGUCGACAACCUCUGGAAGAGUGCCCUACCGGAGGCUGACGGCGAGGCCGUGGGUCCCCAGCCGACGUCGGACGAGAUCGAAGAGCGGCUACAACAAGAGAACAUCGCCGUGCAGGCCGCCGCACUGGCCGACAACCAGCCAAAGCCGGUCCGGACGCGGAUCGCCGUGUCGUCGAUGAUCUCCUACGUGCACGACCGCAUUCUGACGCCGGAGAUGAUGCGUGCCAUGAUCAUACUCUACAUUGGACCCCACAACCGGCCCGACUUCAGCACGGACUUUCUACUGUCGCCCGUGCUGGCCCCGGAGGCCCUCCUAGCCCGGUUUCCCAAGACGUACAUCAUCACGGGCGAGCGGGAUCCCCUUGUGGACGACACCGUCAUCUUCGCGGGGCGUCUGCGGCAGGCCAAGCUGCGGCAGUUCCGGGAGCGACAGGAGCUGGGACUGGAGCGGUUGCGCCGGGAGUUCGACGAGAAGGACCACGUGGAGGUCUCGCUGCUGCCGGGCGUCUCCCACGGGUUCCUACAGAUGGCCGGGUUUUUCCCGGAAAGCCGAAAACACAUCGCCCGGUGUGCGACGUGGAUCCAGCACCUGUUCGAGACGGCGGCCCAGAGGGACGAGUCGACCGGCCUGCGUCACGCCCGUUCGGGCCACCCUGUCUUCCCGGACCCAUUCGACGGUGAACAACCGCGACAUCACGUCCGCCGCCAGACCGACGAGUUGUCCGCCGACGAGGACCGGCCGCUGGAGAUGGGUGCUCGCACGGUGGCUCCUCUGACGCAGCGGAGCGAUCUGUCCGGAAAUGCUCCCCCGCGCGAGGAUGGCACGUCCCAGGCCACACGGUCCCCUGGUCCCUCGCACAACAAGCCCUCCACCACCGGAGUCGUCUCGCCCGAAAGGACAGAGUUGCACCGAAAACGACGCAACGCCCCCUCGCGCAUUUCACUCCCCGGGGCCGACGGGUCCGUGUCCGGGGAGCGUCCGGGGGCGGAGCGGCCGCGCGCGCCCAGUCUGGGCAGCCUAUCGAGCGAGGAGGACCUACUAGACCGGCGGAUGAACGGGCUGGCGGGGGGACUGAUGGGAAUGGGUGAAGGGGCGCAAACACCUUGA